CUUGUGAAAUUAUAUAUUUUUGUGGUAGGGACUACUACGAGAUAUUCAUAGAACAUUUACCUGGAAACAUUAGGAAACACUAAGAACCAAACUGGAAGCAUUUUUAUCAUGUGUCUUGAAGUUCAGGAAAUGACUAGAUGCCUCAGAGCCACCUUCAUCUUAUUUGUGUUUCUUCUUGUAAUCCAAAAUUGUGAAUCUGAAACAAGUAAGUCAGGAGACUAUAUCAUAUACAUGGGAGCAGCAUCCGCAGAUGAAUCAACAGGCAAUGACCACCAUAUUGACCUUAUGAGCACAAUGUUAAAGCGGAGCGGGAAAACUCCCAUGCACAGAUACAAACAUGGAUUCUCUGGAUUCGCAACCCAUUUAUCAGAAGAUGAAGCACGUCUCAUGGCCGAGCAACCAGGAGUAGUAUCUGUCUUUCCUGAUCAGAUGUUACCUCUCCACACAACUCGUUCAUGGGACUUCUUGGUUCAAGAAAGUUAUCAAAAAGAGAGUACUUACUUCACUGAAAUGAACUCUCAGCCAGAGUUAGACGUGGCAGUAGGAGACACCAUUAUCGGCUUCAUUGAUUCAGGAAUCUGGCCUGAGUCAGAGAGUUUCAACGACAUGCACAUGCAACCAGUACCAGAUAGAUGGAAAGGCACAUGCAUGAGAGGGAAGAAGACAGAACCUGAUGCUUUCCGUUGCAAUAGGAAACUAAUUGGAGCAAGGUACUACAAUUCCUCGUUCCUCCUAGACCCGGACUAUGAAACACCACGAGACUUCUUGGGACAUGGGACACACGUGGCAUCAAUAGCAGCAGGGAGAACAAUCUCUGAUGCAUCCUACUAUGGCCUGGCAGGAGGUAUCAUGAGAGGAGGAUCACCAACUUCAAGAAUAGCUAUGUACAGAGCCUGCUCACUCCUUGGCUGCCGUGGCUCCAGCAUACUAGCAGCAUUUGAUGAUGCCAUUGCGGAUGGAGUUGAUAUUAUAUCGAUAUCUAUGGGAUUAUUUAUAGACAAUUUGCUUGAAGAUCCGCUUUCCAUCGGUUCAUUUCAUGCUGUGGAAAGAGGGAUCACGGUUGUUUGCUCUGCAGGUAAUCUUGGCCCUUCGGGUCAGUCCGUGGUUAAUGCUGCUCCAUGGAUGAUCACUGUUGGUGCAAGUACUAUUGACCGUGGCUUUGAGUCUAACAUUCUUCUGGGAGGACUAGAUAACAUCAGAUUGAUCAAGGGGGCUGGAAUAAAUAUAGCCAACAUUGAUAGAACUCAGUCUUACCCUAUUAUACAUGCAAGAUCAGCCAAGAAGAUUGGUGCUAAUGAGAAAGCUGCUAGGAACUGUGCGGGUAACACGAUGAACAGAACCAUAGUUGAGGGUAAGAUAGUAGUGUGUGACAAUGAUUAUGGUAACCAGGCGAUUCAAUGGAAAAGCGAAGAGGUUAAAAGACUUGGUGGUACUGGUGUGAUAGUUAUUGACGACAAGUCAAUGGAUCUCUCUUAUAUAGACCCCUCCUUUCUAGUAACAAUAGUAAAACCAGUGGAUGGACUAGAAAUCAUGUCCUACAUAAACUCAACAAGAGAACCAAUUGCAAUGAUCAUGCCAACAAGAUCAAGAACAGGACAUGAAUUAGCACCAUCCAUACCAUCCUUCUCAUCAAGAGGUCCUUACUUGCUUACCAGAAGCAUCCUCAAGCCUGAUAUUGCAGCUCCAGGGGUCAACAUACUAGCAUCAUGGCUAAUAGGUGACUUAAAUGCCGCACCACAAGGCAAAGAACCGCCACUUGUCAACAUCGAAUCAGGGACUUCAAUGUCAUGUCCCCAUGUCUCAGGGAUAGCCGCUCGUCUCAAAUCUGAAAACCCUUCAUGGAGUCCUGCAGCAAUAAGAUCCGCUAUCAUGACAACAGCCGUGCAAAUAACCAACACAGGAUCACAUAUAACUACAGAAACAGGAGACAAAGCCACACCUUAUGACUUUGGUGCUGGUCAGGUUACCAUAUUUGGACCUUCGUCACCUGGACUGGUUUACGAAACCAAUCAAAUAGACUACCUGAACUUCCUCUGCUAUGUCGGCUUCACUUAUGAUCAGAUCAAAAGGAUAUCAACCCGUAUACCACAAGGCUUUGCUUGUCCUGUACAAAGCAGCAAGGGAGACAUAUCUGACAUCAACUACCCAUCAAUCUCAGUUUCGAACUUCAAUGGAGAAGAAAGCAGAAGGGUAAGCAGGACAGUGACUAACGUAGCAUCACGCCUCAUUGGAGAGGAAGAUACUGUCUACAACGUGAGCAUCAAUGCACCAAAAGGGUUACGAGUCAGAGUGAUACCAAGAAGUCUACACUUCAAGAAUAUAGGAGAUACGCUAAGAUACCAAGUGAUCUUUUCAUCUUCUACAUCCACACUUAAAGAAGAUGCGUUUGGUUCAAUCACAUGGUCUAAUGGAAUGUACAGAGUUAGAAGUCCGUUCGUUGUAACAAGCAAAGCUGAUAUAUAAUAUGUUUUUCAUAAAACCAUAUAAUAAAAGAGAAAUAAGGUUUGUUACACA